UCCGGCCGCCCCGCCCCUCUUCGCCGCCGAGCGGUAGCUGUGCCGUGGGUGGCUCACUAUUAACUUUGACUUCAGCCACGUGCAGCUUCCAUGGCGGCCUCUCACGUUCCAGGGGAGAUUAACAUACAGGCGGGAGAGACGGCCAAGGUCGGGGACAGGGACCUGCUGGGGAACGACUGUCCGGAGCAGGACAGGCUUCCCCAACGCUCCUGGAGGCAGAAAUGCGCCUCCUACGUGCUGGCCCUGCGGCCUUGGAGCUUCAGUGCCUCACUUACCCCGGUGGCCUUGGGCAGUGCCCUGGCCUACAGAUCCCAGGGCGUCCUGGAUCCCAGGCUGUUGGUGGGUUGUGCCGUGGCCGUCCUUGCCGUGCACGGGGCUGGCAAUUUGGUCAACACUUACUAUGACUUUUCCAAGGGCAUUGACCACAAAAAGAGUGAUGACAGGACCCUGGUGGACCGAAUCUUGGAGCCCCAGCAUGUUGUCCGGUUUGGAGUCUUCCUCUACACUCUGGGCUGUGUCUGUGCCGCUUGUCUCUACUACCUGUCCCCUCUGAAACUGGAGCACUUGGCUCUCAUCUACUUUGGAGGCCUGUCUGGCUCCUUUCUCUACACGGGAGGAAUCGGAUUCAAGUACGUGGCCCUGGGAGACCUCGUCAUCCUCAUCACUUUCGGCCCGCUGGCCGUGAUGUUCGCCUACGCCGUCCAGGUGGGGUCCCUGGCGGUCUUCCCCCUGGUCUACGCCAUCCCCCUCGCCCUCAGCACCGAGGCCAUUCUCCACUCCAACAACACCAGGGACAUGGAAUCCGACAGGGAGGCCGGCAUCGUGACGCUCGCCAUCCUCAUCGGCCCCACCUUCUCCUACAUGCUCUACAACACGCUGCUCUUCCUGCCCUACCUGAUCUUCAGCAUCCUGGCCACACGCUGCAGCAUCAGCCUGGCCCUGCCCCUGCUCACCAUUCCCAUGGCCUUCUCCCUGGAGAGACAGUUCCGGAGCCAGGCUUUCAACAAACUGCCCCAGAGGACUGCCAAACUCAACCUCCUGCUGGGGCUCUUCUACGUCUUUGGCAUCGUCCUGGCCCCAGCGGGCAGUCUGCCCAAACUCUGAGGGUCCCGGGAGCCCUCCCCACCCCCGUCCGUGCCCCCUCAUCUUAGAGUGUGUUUGUCGAAGGCAGAGAAUCACAGGAGGGAGGCUGAUUUGGCAGUGAGGGGCCUAAAGAUGGCUUCUGAACUCCCACCUUUUUUCUAAUUAUUAUGCUUUUAAAGAUAAGGUUUGUUUUUGUGUUAUUCCGUUUGACGGUGACUCUUGGAACCACUCGCAUCAGAAGGUGAACUGGAAGCAUGGCCCUUGUUUUAUUUAUAAUUUCCACUAGGGGGUGCUGUUGGGUCACUUUAGAGUGGAUUCAAAGGCCCUAAGAUUUUGUGAAGGAGCCACCAGGUUGGCCUCCGGUCCUGAAGAGCCCUUGUAACUGGGCUCCUCCUUGCUCCAUUGACACGCAGCCGGCUUCCUCCCGGUGUGCUGGUCUUGCAGGAUGCGCUGGCGAUCGGUGCUGGGCCCCGGGACACAGGAGCAUCUGUCUCUUACCCUGAGCCCUUGCGUCCUAAAAUACACUGCUUGAGAGAGAGUCCCUCGUUAGCAGUCCAGCAUGGCUCCCAGCUUUGUGCCUGGGUUGUGUGUCAGGCACGUUUGUCCUUUGUCCCCCCUUUCACUUAUUGCCACAGCUGAGUGUCCUGCAGGAAGAUAGUCAAGCUGAGGGCUGGGAAAGGAAAAAACAAAAAACAAAAACCCACCCUGGAGGCAGCUGAGAAAAUCACUCUGCUUUUGGAUAGAAUUUGGUGGGGCAGCUGUUUUCCCUGUAUAGAAUCUACUGGAAUGACUCCAGCCCUUUCAGUAGCUAUUAGGAGCCCUGAAAUUGUAGAGGCACCGUCCUGGCGGACUCCUUAAAGCCCACAAGGCCACCUCUUCCCCCACCUAUUGCCUUUCCUGAUGCUCCCCUGUGCCCACCCCCCAUUUCUGUCCAGUUCCCAUUUGUGCGUCUCCUGUCCGUGCAGCCUGACUGUUUGGAUAGCAGCUUAGCAGCUGAGUUGAGGACAGUUGUCACUUUCCACAGAGCCCCAGGGAAAUCAGCUCUUCCCUGAAUGAAUAAGCCGACAGACACAGUCCUGACCCUGUUCAGCCGGAAGAAAGGCCCUGCCGGAGAAGGAACCGUGUCUUCGUCUUUGAAGACAGAUGAGCAGCAUUGACCCCGCUGCUCCCAAAGGCUUCAGUGGCCUUGUGCAGAGAUCAUUUGUGCCCAGAAUGAGGGAACUCCAAUGCUGCUUUUCAUUUCAUUGCCUGCAAAGUGUAAUUUCUGGGCUACAGUUGCCCAGUUGCAUUUGGUCCAAGACUGAAAUAGAUUGAGACCGUCAUCAUCAUGCUUUUCCGUUGUGAUUACAGCAGUCUUUCAGAUAGGUGAUUCAGGGGCCCGGCCUGCCAAAAAUGACAAGAGUUAGUUCUUCACCCUUAAAGUCAGGCUGAUUAUGAGUUGGUUCCUUAAGAUUGGUCAGUCUACUUGGGGAAAAAACAUACUUGGAAAUUGCAAACGUUCCUCCAAAGUUAAAGGUGGUUUGACUGCAGAGCUGCGGGAUCCUCGAAUGGUGGUUAGAGCCCAGUGACAAGAGAAGGAAGGACGGCCCUCCUCUCCUGCCAUUCUUCCCAGCACCACUCUCGUUUUGACGCCAGGCCUGUGGCAUUUUGGUGCUCAUAGGGGUCCUGCCUUCAAAGAUAGGCUCUGUGGCAUCUCUUCAGAGCAGGCCAUUCUCACACAGGGCUCACUCCGGUGGCCGCAGGACCAGAGCUCCCUGUAUCCCCAGACCAGACCCACCUUUGCAAGCACACAUGUUGGGAGGUGACAUCCGGCCUCUGCACUGCAUCAUGGUACGGAUUUUAACGCGUAUUUUUUUAUAUAAAUGUUUCUAAAAGGCCGGAUUUGGUGCCAGGUUUUAUAUACAGGUCACCAUAAUUUGUAUUACACCCCCUGAUUCAAUGAAGGUUUUCUUUAGACUUGUUAAUAAAAACAAUGUCUUAUCAGUUG